CACUAGUUUUAUUUAAAGAGUGAAUGAGGAGAGCGCAGUUUUUCUGCUGUGGAUACUGUUUGAAUCAAAUAUGUCUCACACUGUGACUCUCACCGGUCCCUCGCCGUGGGGUUUUCGUCUGGUGGGCGGACGGGACUUCAGCGCACCGCUCACCAUUUCAAGAAUAACACCUGCGAGUAAAGCAGCGCUGGCCGAUUUGUGCCCUGGAGACACCAUCCUAGCCAUCAAUGGAGAAAGUACAGAGACCAUGACACACAUGGAGGCUCAGAACCGCAUUAAAGCCUGCACAGAUCAGCUCGUGUUGGCCAUCAGCAGAUCUGGAAAGGUUUGGUCUCCAACUGGAAUAGAAGAAAACAAGACAAGUCCAUACACCGGAACACUGGAGUCUGAGUCACAGACCUUUCGACCAAUCAGCAGCGGCUAUAGCCCCACUCCCAAGAGUCCAUCCCCCAAGAGUCCCAUCACAGCCACUGUGCCCUACAAUAACGGCAACUCCAGACCUACGUACAACAAUCCAGCAGGCCUGUAUUCACACAAUAACGGAAAUGGUGCCCUACCGAAGCAGAUGGCAGGCCUCAGCCUGGGCUCCCCUCACAGUUUCAGCCCUGAACUGCCAGUGAAUUCAUCAGGCAACCCCAACGGUUUUGACACGCAGUCAGACGUCUACAGGAUGCUUCAGGACUAUGAGGAACCUGUGUCAGCUCCCAAACAAUCUGGCUCCUUUAAAUACCUGCAGGGAAUCCUGGAAGCUGAGGAUGGGGGGGUCUCACCCGUGGACAGACAUGGGGUCAGAGGCUUGCUUUCCCCUAUCAAAUCCCCCGUGCCAAAGCUGGGCAGCCCCAUUACGGCUCCUCUGGCGCCCAUCCCCGGCUUACAGAAGCUGCCGCAGUGCACACGCUGCGCAAACGGCAUUGUGGGAACCAUCGUGAAGGCCAGAGACAAGCUCUAUCACCCCGACUGCUUCGUGUGUGAUGACUGUGGGCUGAAUCUAAAGCAGAGAGGAUACUUCUUCAUCGAUGAGAAUCUGUAUUGCGAGACGCACGCCAAGGCCCGUGUGCAGCCUCCGGAGGGCUACGACGUGGUGGCCGUGUAUCCCAACUCCAAAGUGGAACUGGUCUAAGCACACACACUCGUUAACCCAAACACACACACACACACACACACACACACACACACACAGGUUUUCCUUGAGGAUUCAGCUUGGCGAAGUGGAAAUGAGAAUAACAAACUGAAAUUUAUUUUUCAGUCCCUGCUCAACUUUAACAUGGACUCUGUAGUUUGUUAACCUGCAGUUAACCACGUACUGAAAUCGAGCAGCACUUAUUCCUAGGUUAGACAGCCUUCCUAACAUUCGUUUGGUGUUGCUUUAAGAGGAAAGUUUGAAACGCAAGAUAACAGAAUAGACAAAACAACAUCUGUUCACCUAAAUUCCAGUGGCACACCAGCGAUUUAUUUUUCUGAAAGCUGUGGUGAACUGAGGUGCUCGAAAAGACCACGAAGAAUGUCUCGAGCCAUGUGGAAAAUGGAAAUGGUGGUCAUUUAUUCAGAAAGUUUGGGACGGUGUGUUUAUUCUUUGGCUAAGAAGCCAAGACGUGUGUUUUUUGGUUUUUUUUCCGAUGAUCUAGCUUCUAUCACUAAAUCCAACUUUAUCUUUGCCGUAAACCGAAGAAAAAGAGACCGCAGUAGGAAAACUGCAUUUGAUUGGCUCUGAGCAAAUUUAUGCUAUAUGCAUGUUGCAUGUGAAUGUGAUUUGACACCUAAUGACAAUUUUCUGUCAAUUUCUUUCGCAACUAUACAUUGCAUUCUCUGUCUACACUCUAAAUAAUGCUGGGUUAAAUAUAACCCA